UACCGGUGCACCGCGAUUAAGUGGCCAUCCUUUGGGCAAAUGUCGUGACACAGCGGACUGAGAAACUGAUAGAUAAACUUAAGUAGGACUUGACCGCGCGAGCUCUCCACUCCGACUGUCCGUCAGAUGCGGCGAAGACGCUAUCGUGGUUGGAAUUCAGUAGUGGCAUAUAUCCACAGUCGGUUGAACGCCAGAGUGUGUGUACGAUCGGCAGUUUGUGUCGCAUAUUUAUCGGGAUAUGUUAAGUAGUCCGUCGCUGAUGCCGGAUCGUAGUGUCUGGUGGUUGUCGUAACACACGCGGACCGGUGCAAAUCGCCCCCUAUCCAACCUAUAUCGAUUACCGUUGUCUGUGUGUAUGUUGUUUUUCUUCAUGGAUUAAAUGGUGACGGGGCUAAUCAGAUUGUCCGACCGGAAUUGUGAUCCAUAUUGGUGUGAUUGUCGUCGACGGUGCUUGCAACGGUUAUACUGUGCUGGUGUUUUUUUAACAACGUGAUAAGACAAUUUCGUGUCCGGCCUGGUGACAAAUCGCCGUAAUUAUUCACCUCAUCAAAAAUGCGGCUACCGUCGCCACUUUCACACGCUGCUACGGCUGGGAAUUAUCUAUCAUGGAUAAAUUAUCUACUUUUUUGCCAGAUUACUUUCAUAAAUGCUCAAUUCUUCAUACCCAACCCAUCGACGCAGAUGGAUCAGUUUCAGAGUCCCGAUUCUCGAUUCGUGGACACGCGACUCCCCCACCCGAAUGGACCACCACCCAGUCUCCCCGACGGUUUUGGCUCCAGUGCCGGCAUGCCGACGGGUCAACAGGCCGACCAGCCCUUCAGCAACGCCGGCCCCAACCCACCAAGCGCCUCAUCCAGCCAGUUCGCCGACGCCGCGCCCACCCCCCUACCGAAACAUCUGCAACCGCCGCCCGACUUUGUGUGCGAGGAGACCUUUGGUCACUACGGUGAUGUGAUGAACUGCUCACGCUUUUUCGUCUGCGUCUUCGGCAUACCGGUUGUACAGGAAUGCUCGAAAGGCCUGCACUAUAAUGCCCAGUUAGGACUGUGUGACUGGCCCAAGAACACUGAAUGCCCCGGCAAAGGCAGUAUGUCAAGCAAUGGAUUCUUUGCCAUCCCCGGUACAACCACCGAGGCGCCGGUGGCCCGUGGCGCCACCAUCCCCUGGUGGCUGCAGGGCGAAGAUGCCGCGCCCUCCCGCGGUGCCCCGGAACGCCAGCCCCCACCGGCGCCGGCGUCGCAACCCAGUUUCCACGAUGCCCCGCUGUUCGAACGACAAGCUCCGCGUCCCACCAACGCCUCGGAGCUGAUGCAGGGGCCGUUGUUCGGGCCGCCCUUCCCCACCGGAAGUUUCACCACCACCCGCCGACCCUGGUGGAAUCCCUGGCAACCCAACGGCCUAAACAACGACACCUGGCCUCCGCAUGCCCAACCCUCUGCCCAGUCGCCCCUUGGCACGACUACGCCUAAAGGUCAACCGGACUUCCAGAACCUGCCCACACCCUUCCAGGUGCAGCAGGAUUUUGCCAAAUUUCAGCAGGCGUCACAAUUAGCCCAGCAACAGCAGAUGGCGGCCGCCGCCGCGGAGCGGGAGGCACGACCGAAUUUAUUUGGGAGGCCUGACUUGACGGCACAGCUGAAUCCGUCCAUGGACCCCUUGAGUAACCGGGAACUGCAGCUGGCACAGGGCGGCCGGCAAUCGGAAAUCAACGCCCGCGGCCAGACAGAUCUAGGCUCUCGGCAACAAGAAAUGAAUUCGCGUCAGCAAGAAAUGAAUUCCCGCCAACAAGAAAUCAAUUCACGGCAACAGGAAAUCGCUUCCCGACAGGAGCUGUUGUUUGGAAACGGCAUCAGACCAAAUUUCUUCCCGGAAUCGUUCAAUCGCCCAGAUAUGGCGGCCGAUGCCAAGCCUUCACGAAAUCCUGCCGCAGCAAACGCUAACAGCAAAUCCAAAUCAUCGGAAACCACCGGCAAUCAGGCCGACUUGUUCGCCGGCAACCGCGCUCCAGUGCGGCCGGACCAACUCGAACAAAUGUUCGGCUUCCCUUUCAUCCGCCCUACCGGUACCGCUCAAGCCAACGACGGUCCCACUUCCAGCCGCGAAAUCAGCCAAUCCAACCAGUUUUCACCGUUCGGCCGCCUGCCACAACAAGGAUUAACGCCCAGCAGCGGAAACACACCCAGCCCAUUCGGUGGUCAGUUCCCUCCGCAAAAUCAACUUGGCUUCCACGGUGACUCGCCCUUCUUCGGAGCCGCCGGCUUCCCGCAGUUCGGAGCCGACCGGUUCGAAACCACAACAACACCCUCGCCGCGCAGCCCGUCGGCUCAGGGCUCCUCUGGGACCGGUCAGUCCCGGCCCGAUUUUACCGGCCAGUUGUCCGGCAGUCGGCCCGACAACUUUAAUCCGAACCGUUUGCUGGAUUUCGGCGCCCACCCGGCCCGUCCCGAUCUGAUCGGGGUCACCGCCAAUCGUCCGGAUUUUGGCGCACGCUUUCCGAUUUCCGGUUUGGCGGAUGACGUCCAGCAGCAACAGCCACAGCAAAAUGCCCGCACUCCGACCGGCAACUUCCCGUUCCCCGGUUUUUCGUCGCGACCCGAACGGCCCAGUCUAUCCGCGGACAUUCCGCCCGGUUUCAUCCCCGGUGGCGGUAGCCAGCUUAGUCAAGAGCGCCUGCAGCAGUUAGCCCAUGAACGCAUGCAGCAGAUGGCUCGCUUUCCUCCAGACCAACUCGGGAUUCUCGGGUUCGGCUCGGACCGGUUUGCCGCUGAUCAACCCAGCAAUCAGCCGACACCGCAACAGAAUGCCGGUAUAAUUCGCCCCAGCGACCGCAUCAACGGCGGUCAAGCCAACAACGACCGGAAAAAUCAGGAUGACAUGCCCAAUACCUCGGGAUUUAUUCCCCGGGGCAACCAACCCUUCCAACAAAACCCGCCUUUUCAUGACAAUCAAGCACAUGAGACGGAACUAACGCAAUUCGGUCAGACAACCCGCGGACCGUUCUGGCAACAACCGGAAAUGCGAGCGGACGGGCGCACAACAAACUUACCUUUUUGGAUGCAGGGCAGCGUUAACGCCGACAGCAACGUCCCGCCCUUUCCGAUGAACGUCUUCCGGACGGAUUCCCCACGGAUGCCGCCACCCGGCGGGAUCCUUCCCCAACCCCGGAUUCUCCAAAAUAACUUCGGUCGCCCGGCCGAAAUGACCACCCAUCCGGCCAACAUCCUGGAUUUCGAGACAACGUUCGCUAUUGGUCAGGCCAAUGAUGUCACCGAGUCGUUAAGCAGUCCGGUGACUAGCGAUACGCCCCGGCGCGAGGUCACCACGACACCGUUUCCAAUUAACGUGACCACUGCCCGUAUGCCGUGGUGGUUGCAGGACACAACCAACGGCAGCAUGCCGAUUCUGAUGGCGUCGGCUUCGUCCCGCGUGUCGCAGUCGGUGCCGAAUUUAGGUCGGAAUCCGUCGAUGUUCGCCAAAUUUGCCAAACCGGCGGAAGCGCUAGCGUGUGAACGACAGACGUGUAAACUACCGGAUUGUUGGUGUGGUGGGACUGAAAUUCCCGGUGGACUGCCGGUUGGGGAAACACCGCAGAUGAUCAUGUUGACCUUUGAUGACGCAGUGACCAAUCAGAAUUAUCACCUGUACACGUCCAUAUUUAGCGAGAAUCGCCGAAAUCCAAAUACUUGCCCGAUCCGUGGGACAUUCUACGUCAGUCAUGAGUGGAGCGAGUAUUUCUUAGUGCAGAAUUUAUAUAGCGAUGGUCAUGAGAUUGGAUCGCAUUCGGUUACGCAUACUUUACCGGGGAAGAAUUUCACCAAAAAUGACUGGGCGGAUGAAAUCUCAGGACAGCGAGAGAUUUUACACCGCUUCGGUAACGUUAAAGCGGAGGAUGUUAAGGGCAUGCGAGCUCCGUAUUUACAGACCGGCGGAAACAGCCAAUUCGAAAUGCUCUGGGAAAAAGGAUUUUUAUACGACAGUUCCAUGAGCGUUGCGGAAAACAAUCCGCCAAUGUGGCCUUACACACUAGACUACGCCCUUCCGCAUAAAUGCUGGAUACCGCCCUGUCCGACAAAAUCGUAUCCGGGUUUGUGGGAAGUGCCGCUGGUACACUGGGAAGAUCUGCUGGGUUACAGAUGUGCCAUGGCUGACGCGUGUCAUAAUCCGGGUGAUGCCGAUGAAGUGUACCAGCUCCUAAUGAAUAAUUUUAAACGGCAUUAUGAAACCAACCGGGCACCGUUCGGGAUGUACUACCAUUCCGCUUGGUUCAUACAUAAUUACCACAUGGAAGGCUUUAAGAAGUUUUUGGACACGGUACUGAGUAUGCCAGAUGUCUGGGUUGUGUCGGCUUCUCAGGUUAUUCAGUGGAUCCAAAAUCCCACACCAUUGUCGGUGAUCAACCAAUUCGAGCCAUGGAGCUGUAAUAAUCUCAACCGGCCAUCGCACUGUAACAAACCCAACGUGUGCCCAACAUUCUUCCGUGGAGGCAUGCGUUACAUAAGGACAUGCGAAGCGUGUCCAGAAAGUUAUCCCUGGAUCAAAAAUACUCACGGCGCCUCGCGCAAUACACAACCCAACACCGUACCCAGUCCAAAUAACGCUGUAUAAAUGGUUUUGAAUAAUGUAAUAAUUAUUUAUUAUGCUCACUCGGUGCAAUCAUACGCUGUAAGCUCUGGAGAAACUUUGUAUACAGUUGUAAUAAAAUUAUAAAAAAUUGUUACCCAAAUUGCUUUUCAAAGGAAGAAUGCGUUAGUAAUACAUUGAAAGUUAAACAUUUUUGUGACCUUUAUGAAUAUUUGCGUACUCGACACUUGGAUUUACUGCGCUGU